CUCUAGCCAACUAAAUCAGUUCCGAACCCGUUUCCCAGGAACCAGUACACAACUUUUCCUGAGUGAUUCAAUUCAUCUUUUAAAAACCCUAACUGUUAAACCCUAAAGGAGAUUUCGAUUCAGUUUUCCGAAACCAGCGAGAAAAUGGAUUCCCCAAUCGAAAAACUAGUAGAAGAGAAAUUAACACUAGAUACCCUUGAAAACCCAAAUGAAGCUGAAACCCCAUUGGUACAGAACAUUGAAGAAGUAGUAGAAGAUUAUGAUGAUGAUGAAGAAGAAGAGGAAGAGCUUGAAUGGUCAUCAGAUUCAGAAAUUGGUGAAGCAUUAGAUUGGUUAGAUUCUAAAGAUGGUAUUGAUGGUGCUAUACCUAUGUCUUCUAGAAGACCUAAUGCUCAUGGUGGUUUAUUAUCUCGUCCUCGUUCUUCUCCUCUUCAACCCAUUUCUAAUCGUAAUCAAAGGUUUACUAAUCAUAUUCGACCUUCUCCAUUAGAGGAGUGGGAGGGGAGGACAAAUAUGAGCAUGUCAAAUUCAGUUACAACAGCUAUCCGUGAAAGUGUUCGAGGAAUGGCCAUUGGUAAAACGAAAACUACUGAGAAAGCUGACCGUGCCACCGUUGAACAGGCCAUUGAUCCAAGAACUCGUAUGGUGUUGUUUAAAAUGCUGAAUCGGGGUAUAUUUAAUGACAUCAAUGGCUGCAUUUCUACUGGGAAAGAAGCCAAUGUUUAUCACGCAACAAAAGAUGAUGGUCAAGAAUUUGCAAUCAAGGUGUAUAAAACUUCAGUUCUCGUAUUUAAGGACAGAGAUCGUUAUGUACAGGGGGAUUAUCGUUUUAGACAUGGGUACUGCAAGCACAAUCCCAGGAAAAUGGUCAAGACUUGGGCAGAAAAAGAAAUGAGGAACCUUAUGAGGCUAAAGGCAGCAGGGAUUAGGUGCCCAACUCCAAUACUUUUGAGGCUUCAUGUAUUGGUCAUGGAAUUCAUAGGAAAAUCAGGGUGGGGUGCUCCUCGUCUCAAGGAUGCAGAUUUAUCUGAAGACAAGAUGCGUGAAGGUUAUGUACAGAUGAUUAUGGUGAUGCGAAAUUUAUACCAAAAGUGCAAACUGGUACAUGGAGACUUGAGUGAAUAUAACAUUCUCUAUUAUGAGGGUAACUUGCACAUCAUUGAUGUGUCUCAAUCUGUAGACCUUGACCACCCUCAUGCCCUAGACUUUCUACGUGAGGAUUGCGUGCAUGUUUCUGAUUUCUUUAAAAAGAAUGGUGUAGCAAUUAUGACUGUCCGAGAACUGUUUGAUUUCAUUGUAGAUUCAUCUAUUACUGAUGAAUCUGUGGAUAGUUAUUUAGAAGAGGUUCAACAGAAAAUUUUGGCUAGAGGAGAUGUGAUGUCCGCAGAGGAUGAGAUCGCGGAUCUGGUUUUUGUGCAGUCAUAUAUUCCAAGGACGCUUGAUCAAGUAAUGCACGCUGAGGAGGAUGCAAACAGGAUUGCAAGUGGUCAGGACACCAAAGAUUUAAUAUACAAGACCAUUACAGGACUGAAUCAUUCUCUUCCCACAGUUCAAAGAGGGGAAGAAGAACAGAUACCUAAGCAGUUAAAGGAAGCAAAUACAAACGGUACCCCUACCGAACAGACAAACAACUCAAAGGACAUUGAAUCCGAAUCUGAAACAGAUGAAGAUGAUGAGGAUGAUGAUGAUUCUAGUGAUCCAGAAGGAGAAGAGUCAUAUGACAGACAAAAGGAAGGUACGCAGGAGACAGCAGCAGAUAAAAAAACAGCUCGAAAGGAGAACAAGAAGAAAGUGAAAGAAGAGAAGAGGGAGGCUCGUAAGACUAAAACCCCAAAAGCUGUGAAGAAAAAGAAGAAGAAACUGGCCAAGAACAUUAAGGCCAGGUAAUAGCGAACAUUAAGGCCAGGUAAUAGCUUCUUCUUUUAGUGCUUCUCUUCUUUUCAUGUAUAGGAUAAUCAAGAGUCCUAUUUCUUUCCUAUUUUUGAAUUAUUGUUGUGACAUAUAACUCUGAGUUAGCUAUCAUCAUCUUACAAAUGUGUACCAAUUUUGUUCCAAUUAGUAACUUACUGGUUUAA